GAGUACUGACGGUGCAGACACGGUGGGGGUCGUUCAGGGGGUAUUCUGGCUUUUUUAGCCAUGAAACGAGUCGGAGAUGCUCGGGCUCCCCUCGCAGACCCGCGGUUACUCAACCACGCCCCCCGAGGGCGGAGUCACGGGGCCAGGCUGAGUAACCACGAGCUCGCGCUGCACUGAGUCAGUUCAUGACUGGAGAGCACCUGGAGACAGGAGGCUUUCCCUGCCUGUUCAGUACAAGGACUUAUUUCUCUCUUCAGGGAGGACGAACACCUCUAUAAAAAGGAUUUAAACUGAGUGAGAAACUGAACUUAAAGGCAGGUUGGAGUGACAUUCCUGGAUGUUGGAAAUUCUGUUCCAGUGGGAAUCAUUUCUGUGCUACGUUUGAGUGGAAAUUGAGUGACAUAUUCUUGUCCUUCACUGAGCGAGAGCCUCAAACUUGAGUACAUCUCAUCAGCUGGGCUGCUGUAUCCUUGUCUUCUCUGUUCUUUUCUUCACUUCUCUUCUCCUCCUUCUCUCUAGCUGUCUAUUCACACUGCUGCAGGAGUUGUCUCUGUGUUGCUCCGGGCAGCGGCAGGUGUCAGACAUGUCUGCCAAAGCUCCCAUCUAUCUAAAGCGCAGGAGUCGCAAAGGAAAGAAGGAGAAGCUCAGAGACCUUCUGUCAUCUGACAUGAUCAGCCCUCCGCUCGGAGACUUCCGCCACACCAUCCACAUAGGUAGCGGGGGUGGAGCUGAUGACCUCUUUGGUGACCUCUCUUUUCUGCAAGGCAAGUUCCACCUAUUGCCUGGGCAGCAAGCUCACCAGGGCCCGUUCCAGUUCAACCGCACAGCCAGUGUGAGCACCGGCCACCCGCCAGCCAGCGAGAGCUCUCCGCUGCUGAAGAACGCUCUGUCGCUUCCUGUCAUCGGAGGAGUGCAAGCGCUGACCUUGCCAGCUCAGACCCCCUCCACCUCCACCACCGCAGUGAGCUCUGCAGCCACCUCCACAGCGACAGCUGCCACCCAUUCUCGCCCCUUAACCACGACAUUGACAACAGUGGCAACAACUGCAGCAUCUCUUUCUCCACCUCCCAAACCUCCAAGGUUGCACCUGGAGUCUCCUCACACAUCACGUCCUGCUACACCAAACCCUAAACCCCGCUCGGACAUGAAGGACGAGGGGAAACGCGGGAGGGGUGAAGGUGAGGACGAGGAUGAGCGUCCGUAUCUUACUCAUGCAGGGUCUCUUCUUUCUUUGCAUCUGGACUUGGGACCGUCUAUCCUAGAGGAGGUCCUGCAGAUCAUGGAUGGCCAGAGGAUAGGAGGAAUCAACGGGGGAUUUGCGGCAAACGGACGACAGGAGAUAAUGAACUACUGAGAGAAAAUGAACUGCUAAAUCUGAAUUGAUGGGGUCCUGGAGGGUGUACAAUUUUAAUAUCUGCCUAAUUAGUAUCUACACUUAGUAUCCCAGUGUCUUCUAAGUGAACUGCUGGAUCGCAUUGCUGGUUUCUGGACUAAACUGACAAAGUUUUGGUUUUCUGAACUUCUUUUGUUUUUGAAAACAUUCUUCUUCAUAGUACCGUAGGAGUAUCCAAGGCUGCGGAGAAACCUUUGCUCUUAUUAUUUUGUGUCUUUCCCUGGAUUUCGCAAUGCUGGGAGCAAGGAAGGACAAAACAGCCCUACCUUUUGCGUGGUCAUGAACCUUCUACAUUGAGGAAGGCCUAAUGAUCAUGCACAGCUAGUGGAUCAGAAGCCUCUAUGGCUAACAAAAGAUCUACACCUUCCUAAGAGAGGAUAAAGUAACCAACAUCAUGUUGUAUAUACUCUUUCGGCUUGAUCUUACCUUCCUAUUGAUCUGCUGGAUCACAUGGGUGCUGAUUUGAACAGUAGCUCUUCAGUUUCCACACUGUUUUAUUGUUGAAAGCACUGUCCUCCACUGUCCAGAGUUGUGGUGGAAUGUUUGGCCACUUUUCUCUUCAUGUUCUGGACUUUGCAAUGUAAGCAGAGAAUUUAAAAAAUGUGAGAAAUGACUUGUGUAACAUUUGCUAUCAGCAAUUGCAAUACUGGCUUUCAAAUAACUGAACAAAUGAACUAUGUAAAUACACCCCAAACCAACUGUUCAAUCAUGUGCUGUGAACAUUCUUACUGAUUGUACAUGUUCUUCGAGUGUUUGGAUGGGAGGAAUAUUUCAGGACAGAAAAUAAUGUCUUCACAUCUAAGGCUUCUCCAAAGUGUUCAUUAAAUAUGGCAAGGCAUAUCACAAUCUCAAUAUAUACAGUACUGUGCAAAAGUCUGCAGAGAGUGGUCUGUAAAGCUGUUUACCUUGGCAGUGAGUGUUGAUUUGUUCAAAACAAAAACAACUAACCAUCUAGAAUAAAUACAAAUAAACAGUAAAUUGUCA